AUGGAUCCAGCAGCUCCAGGCCCUCUCGACCCUAGUGUCCUUACGAUGCAGGUGUCCGACACGGAUACCAUAUACACCAGGCAUCCCGAUUCAACUCCAUGGGCGAUUGACGCACGAAUCGUCCCGUACGUUCAACUUGCGAGGUUGCAUGACUUCCACCUGAUCGCGUACGGGAGAGUCGAUCGAGCGCUAGUCAUGGCUUUAGUCGAGCGGUGGCGCCAGGAGACUCAUACCUUCCACCUACCUACAGGUGAGGCUACCGUCACGUUACUUGACAUAGCUGUGCUUACACGGCUUCCCAUCGAGGGACAUGCCGUGUGCAUCGAUGGACGCCAAUUCGAAAGUUGGCAAGACAAAGUCCAUAGACUAUUAGGAGUCCGAUCUCCGGCAGAGGUAACCAAAGGGAGUAGCCUGCGCGUAACAUGGCUUGCACAAAACUUCUCGCACCUCUCUGAAGGUGCUGAUGAUGCCACCGUUGAGAGAUACGCUAGGGCGUAUCUCUUUUAUCUGAUUGGUGCUGUCUUGUUCUCCGACAAGACUGGCAACCGAGUAUAA